AUGGCGCCGAGUUUGAAACAGGCGACAUCGAAGACCCCCACGCUGCUGACCAAAUGGCUGAGGGCAGCCCAGACGCGACGGGCCCCAGAUGCGCCAGGGAACAGGACGACGCCGCCGCCGUCAGAAAGUCAGCAGGAUUCAACAGCCGCGACGCGCGCUGCGGCUGACGCCGUGUCGGUCACACCUGCACGUCGCACGGUCAAGCUCGAUUCUCUGGGUAGCAGCCGGCAGGUCGAGAACCCCAAACCCUCAACAGAAGAGGAUCAUGGCUCUUGGCCUGCAGCAAGUGAAUCCACCAAGAUAGUUGCCCGCGAUACUGAUGCGAUCAAGGUCCAAGAAACUGGCGCUCCAUCUAUUUUCACGGCCCCAACGACGGCUGACGACCACUGCGGAGACGACCAUCAGGAGUCCCCUGAUGCGGUCGUCGCAUUGCGACACGAUGGUCAGAUUGAGAUGAAGAGCGUUGCUGCUGAGAUGGAAGGCGAGGCUAUGGAAGAUGCGGAUCAGGAUGACGACGACGAAGACGACGAUGACUACGAAGCACGGCGCCUCGCCAACAUUCAGGCCAACCAAGCCUUGAUGCAGCAGCUAGGCCUCCUGUCGGCAGCCACGGCUCUACCAAUGGCCCACCCAACCCCAUCGCCGGGCACUGUAAACGGACCGAAAAAGCUGCCCAACCGAAGCAGGAGCAAGCGUCGGACCUCUGGCAGCACGCCAUCGCCGCAGCCUGUGCGAAGAAGCCGACGGCUGGCCGCCAAGGAAGCUCGCCCCAUGACAGAGGAGGACGAAGCGACCCAGGCUGCUCUCCUGGCAUACGCCGGCCUGGGUGCCACAGAGGAGUCGCCUCGAGCCCCGUCCAACGAGGGCGCCAACCUGGCCGCCAUUGCUCCCAUAGGCACGGUCAUUACCGGCGAUGCCCUGGUCGCAGAUGCCGGGCUUGUUCUGAAGGCACGUGCUGCUCUUGAGCCCGACGAACAGCAUCUUCUCUGGACAGGCCACAGGCAUGACGUUUAUGCCAUCGAUUCUUUGGAGGAGCGGGGGUGUGUAGCCAUGGCUGGCAAGGAGGGCCGCAUGUCUUUGUGGCAUCGACCAGAUGCCAGCGGUGCCGCCCCCGCCCCGUAUACGGCUGCGCCUCGCCUGUCUUCCAAACUUCAUGGCCGCUGGAUCUCCGGCGUGCGGCUACUUUCCACAUCGGACCAAGUCUUGGCUGCGACCAGCUCUGAUGAUGGAAGUUUGUUGCUGUCCGAAUUGGUACUAGAUCCCGAGGCUCCGUGGACGUGCCGGCCAGUGCAGCGCAGCACGGAGGGUCACACCGCUGGUAUAUUUGGCCUUGAUGCCUGGGCUGGCACAAGCUUGUGCACGGCCUCCAAGGAUGGAUGCGUUGGAGAAUGGGACAUUGGCCCCGCCAGCUGUCGUCUAGUCGCUCAGCGAGAAGUCUCAAACGCUGUCCUGAAAUCCGUGAGCAUGCGCGAUGGCAAUAUCUAUGCGACCGCCGGCAACGACAGCUCCGUGUAUAUGCUGGACCGGCGGGCCACAGACCCAACUGGGACCUUUGAGGGGGCUCAUGCGGGUGUGGUGGCCUCGGUUGCCUUUAAUCGACAUCAACCAAAUUGGCUCGCCUCGCAAGGUCAGCCGGACUACGGUCUUGUGGCUGUGCACCGGCUGUGCACCGGCUGGCAAUUUCCGGUUGCUUGCCAUGUGUGGGUGUGUCGGUCUUGUCGGGGUUUUGUACUCACCGGUGCAACGUUGCUCGCAGGGUUUGAUGGUCUCCUCAAGGUCUGGGAUAUGCGCCAGUUGCAGGAACCCGUCUUUGCAACCACCAGUCACAAUGGCAAUGGGCAUGGCAAGCCACAAAUGGCUGCACCGCACUGGAUUACGCCUACCGAGUUGACAGUGGCGGGCACGAAGAGCCUGCAGCUCACGACCUUUGAGAUUCCAACCGGCGUUUUGACGCGCCGCGUGCACCUGGGCUUUACACCCACGGCCUUUACGCCCUGUGCUUCUGGGGUGCUGGCGGCCGCCUCGCGCAAUGCUGCCUGGCUCUUUCAGCAUGGCACAGAAGACUCAUGA